AUUGGGAAUUAAGUUCCAGUAAUGGAUAAGUUAGCAGCCAGCUACCAUUGGAGCAGUGGAAGAAAACAACUUGAAAAUUGUCAUCAUUGUCACUCAUGCAUGGCUGGCUCACCAGUGGCUUUUAACUUUCCUCUCUGUUGCUUGGCCCAUAUCUCCAACUCCCUACUUGUCUUAAUUUAAUAGAUAUAAUACAAUUUGAUUAAUUAUAACUAGAGAUCUAUAUAUAUAAAGCCACUUGUCUUUGAACCUCCAUGUGCAUGAGUAUUGCUAGCACCACUACAACUUGCUUGUUCUUGAUUAUGGAGUCCUCAAGUGUUUUCCUUUUCUCUGUGGUUUCCUUGCUAGUUCUUAGUGAGCUUGUGCAGCAAUCAGAGGCAAGAGCAUUCUUUGUCUUUGGAGAUUCUCUUGUUGACAGUGGAAACAACAACUACUUGGCAACCACCGCUCGGGCCGACUCGCCACCAUAUGGCAUUGACUACCCGACGCACCGGCCGACCGGACGGUUCUCCAACGGGCUCAACAUACCCGACAUAAUCAGUGAACGCAUUGGUGAGGAGCCUACAUUGCCUUACCUGAGCCCUGAACUGCAAGGGGAGCGGUUGUUCGUCGGAGCCAACUUUGCUUCAGCUGGAAUUGGCAUUUUGAACGACACUGGAAUCCAAUUUCUGAACAUUAUAAGGAUCAAUCAGCAAUUGGGAUACUUUCAGCAGUAUCAGGAGAGGGUAAGUUCUCUCAUUGGUCCUGAUGAGACACAACGGCUAGUAAAUCAGGCUCUUGUUCUGAUAACUCUUGGCGGCAACGAUUUCGUCAACAAUUACUACUUAGUACCCUUUUCUGCUAGAUCUCGGGAGUUCUCUUUGCCAGAUUAUGUUCAGUACAUAAUCUCUGAAUACAAGAAGAUUCUUGCGAGGCUUUAUGAUCUGGGAGCCCGGCGGGUCCUCGUCACCGGAACCGGUCCCCUUGGUUGUGUCCCAACUGAGCUUGCUCUGAGAAGCCCAAACGGCGAAUGCGCAGCGGAGCUGCAACGGGCCGCCAAUCUCUUCAACCCCCAGCUUGAACAGGUCCUUAAUGAGCUCAACAGCGACGCCGGUUCAGAUGUGUUUGUUACAGCCAAUGCAUUCAGGAUGCAUAUGGACUUCAUCAGCAACCCACAAGCCUAUGGCUUCGUUACUUCUAAGGUGGCCUGUUGUGGGCAGGGAGCAUACAAUGGAGUUGGCCUCUGCACAAUUGCUUCAAAUUUGUGCCCAAAUAGGGACAUCUAUGCUUUCUGGGACGCAUUCCACCCAACAGAGAGAGCAAACAGGAUUAUUGUCAGCCGAUUUGUGACUGGUUCUUCAGAAUAUAUGAGCCCAAUGAACUUGAGCACUAUCAUGGCGUUGGAUGCAAGGACUUAAAAUACAUAGAGCAUUUCCCCUUAUGCUUUUUUUUUUUUUAACUUUUUUUUUGGGUUGUUUAUGAUUUGGUAUUAGAACUUGAAGGUUGAGAUGGCGAUUAAAAUUGGGGAUAUGAACUCUUGAAGGUUUAAUAAAGCCUCUAGCCAAGUUAAUUUUUAUUGAGUUGUAUCUGAAUUUGAUUGUUUCCAUUGCAUGAAAUCAUCUUGAACAAAAUGUAAGGAUGGUAAGAAGAAUGUCAAGUUGUUAUGAUGCUUAAGGUAAGAAAUAAGAGGUGACAUGU